UGGCCCUGCCCACAGAAGCGCGGAGUCCAGGCUAGGCGUUCGCGUCGUUGUCGUCCGCGGGGCUGGGAGGUGCCUGGCGCCCUCACGUCCUGUUCCUCCCCCCCCUGCGCGCUCCCUUCCUCCCCUCCCCCGCCGGCGCGAGCGCUGUGGUGAAGCCGCCGCAUUGUUUGUGCCGAGGGGGGGAGGAGGGGAAGAUUCUCGGCCACGGGAGUCUCAGCGACCAACCCGCAGCCGGACUGCGGCCCUUCGCGACGCGCUCCGCCUCCCGCCCCGAAUGCGUCGCUGCAGCCGGAUCCAGCAACCGCCACCUCUGCCGCCGCCACGACCGGGAGCCCGCGAGCGGCCGCGACAGCGCGGAGUCCUCCUCCUCCGUCACCCCUUUUCCCUCUUCGGCCUCCGUUCCGGGCGGUAUUAGCUGCUGAAGGAGCGAGAGCCUCCGCCGCCAUUAAACCGGACCCAGCCCGGUGUCUCAGAGGAAAGGGAGGGUCUGUCAGCCGCGUCCCUGCGGCUCCCUCAGGAAAUCAGUACCAAAUGAGGAGGAAAGGAAGAUGUCAUCGAGUAUCUUCAGCAAGGCAUUCUUCUUCUCCAUGCAGUAUUAAACACUCCCCUACUAGAGAAACCUUGACCUAUGCCCAAGCUCAGAGGAUGGUAGAAAUAGAAAUUGAAGGUCGCUUGCACAGGAUCAGUAUCUUUGAACCCCUGGAGAUUAUAUUAGAAGAUGAUGUUACAGCCCAAGAAUUAAGUGAAUGCAACAGCAAUAAAGAAAACAGUGAGAGGCCACCAGUCUUUCUGAGAACGAAGAGGCACAGAAACAGCAAAGUUAAAAAGAAAAAUGAAGCUGUUCCAACUGCACAUGGCAUUCCGUCUACAGCAAAUAUUCUUCCAGAACCCAAAGUGCAUAUUGUUGAAUACAGUCCACCUUCUGCGCCUCGAAGGCCCCCAACUUACUAUAAAUUUAUUGAAAAGUCUUCAGAAGAUCUUGAUAAUGAAGUGGAAUAUGACAUGGAUGAAGAAGAUUAUGCAUGGCUAGAAAUAAUCAAUGAAAAGCGAAAGAGUGAUGGACUCUCAGUUGUAUCACAGAACAUGUUUGAAUUUCUUAUGGACCGUUUUGAAAAAGAGUCUUAUUGUGAGACUCAAAAACAGGGUGAACAUCAAUCUUUAAUUGAUGAAGAUGCGGUUUGUUGUAUUUGCAUGGAUGGAGAGUGUCAGAACAGCAAUGUAAUUCUUUUUUGUGAUAUGUGUAACUUAGCAGUGCAUCAGGAGUGUUACGGGGUGCCAUAUAUACCUGAGGGCCAAUGGCUCUGCAGACAGUGUCUGCAGUCUCGUUCGCGGCCUGUAGACUGUGUACUGUGUCCAAACAAAGGAGGUGCCUUUAAAAAGACAGAUGAUGAUCGAUGGGGACAUGUUGUGUGUGCUCUCUGGAUUCCAGAAGUUGGAUUUGCCAAUACAGUUUUUAUUGAGCCAAUCGAUGGAGUCAAGAACAUUCCCCCUGCCCGAUGGAAGUUAACAUGCUACCUCUGUAAACAGAAAGGUGUUGGUGCCUGUAUACAGUGCCACAAAGCAAACUGCUACACAGCAUUCCAUGUUACAUGUGCUCAAAAGGCUGGUUUGUAUAUGAAAAUGGAACCCGUGAAAGAACUAACUGGCAGUGGCACAACAUUCUCUGUAAAAAAGACUGCAUAUUGUGAUGUACAUACACCACCAGGUUCUAUUAGGAGACCUCUGAAUAUUUAUGGAGAAGCUGAAAUGAAAAAUGGCCUCUAUAGAAAAGAGGGCUCUGCCAAAACAAGGUCUACAUCAAAAGUCAGAAAAAAGGCUAAAAAGUCAAAGAAAGCACUGGCUGAACCAUGUACAGCGAUGCCUGCAGUAUCUGCUCCAUGUAUCCCUCCUCAGAGAUUAAAUAAAAUUAUGAAUCAGGUGGCUAUUCAGCGGAAGAAGCAAUUUGUUGAAAGAGUACACAGUUACUGGUUACUUAAAAGGUUGUCCAGAAACGGUGUCCCCUUAUUGAGAAGACUGCAGUCUAGUUUGCAGUCACAAAGAAACACACAACAGAGGGAAGAUGAUGAAGAAACACAAGCCUUAAAGGAGAAGUUGAAGUACUGGCAAAGGCUCCGUCAUGAUCUGGAGAGAGCACGGUUGCUGAUAGAACUUAUACGAAAACGAGAGAAAUUAAAAAGAGAACAGAUCAAAGUGGAACAGGUUGCCAUGGAACUUCAGCUAACUCCAUUUACUGUACUACUGCGGUCAGUACUAGACCAACUUCAGGAAAAGGAUGCUGCUCGUAUAUUUGCUCAACCGGUGAAUCUUAAAGAGGUUCCAGAUUAUUUGGAUCAUAUUAAACAUCCCAUGGAUUUUUCUACUAUGCGAAAACAGUUAGAUGCCCAAGCUUAUAAAAAUCUCAAUGAGUUUGAAGAAGACUUUAACCUUAUCAUUGAUAACUGUAUGAAAUACAAUGCAAAAGAUACAAUAUUCUACAGAGCUGCUGUGCGGUUAAGAGAUCAAGGAGGUGUUGUUCUGAGACAAGCGAGAAGAGAUGCUGAGGCAAUCGGGUAUAACAAUGAAACUGGAAUGCACUUACCUGAACGGCCUAAACUUGAAUCUCCUCCACCUUUUACCUGGGAAGAUGUGGAUAGGUUACUGAAUCCUGCUAACAGAGUGCACAUGUCUUUGGAAGAACAGCUGAGAGAGUUAUUAGAAAAACUUGAUCUCACCUGUGCAAUGAAAUCCAGUGGGUCUAGGAGUAAACGAGCAAAGCUUUUAAAGAAAGAAAUUAACAUGAUUCGCAGCAAGAUAAGUCAGCAACAUCAUCAGCCCCCUCAGAUUGAAUCAGGUAUUGGAAGUUUUGAAGAAGAAAAUGCAGUAUUAGAACAAGAAGGUGAAGAAGGAGAUAAAUCUCCCCCUAAACUUGAACCAUCAGAUGCAUUACCUCUUCCUUCAAACUCGGAGACUAAUUCAGAGCCACCAACCCUCAAACCUGUAGAACUCAAUCCAGAGCAGAAUAAACUUUACAAAAGAGUAAAAUUUGACAAUGAAUUGUAUAGUACUUCCAUUCAGAAAGAAAUAAACGGACACACUCCAGAACACUUACUUGACAGUAAUCUCAGUGAGUCGACUGUUUCUGCUGUAGCUGAGUCAUCAACUGAUGUAAACAGACGUACAUCUAUUCUCUUCUGCAAAUCGAAAAGUGUAAGCCCCCCAAAGUCUGCAAAGAACACUGAAACCCAGCCAACUUCUCCACAGCUAGGAACCAAAACCUUUUUGUCUGUAGUCCUUCCAAGGUUGGAGACACUACUGCAGCCCAGGAAAAGAUCAAGGAGUGCAUGUGGAGAUUCUGAGGUGGAUGAUGAGUCCCCUGUAAAGCGCUUGGAUACAGGUCUUUCAAAUGGUUUUGGAGAUGGCAGUAAAGAGUCAGAGUUAAAUGAUACUCCAGGGAGAAAAGUUGAACCUCGUCGCCGUUGUGCAUCUGAAUCUAGUAUAUCCUCAAGUAACAGCCUGUUGUGUAAUUCAAGUUUUAGCCUGCCAAAAUGUGGAAAAGGCAAACCAGCACUUAUACGAAGACACACAUUAGAAGACCGAAGUGAGUUGAUAUCGUGCAUUGAAAAUGGAAACUACGCAAAAGCAGCAAGAAUUGCAGCUGAAGUUGGACACAGCAGCAUGUGGAUUUCAACUGAUGCUUCUAAUUCUGUCCUUGAGCCUUUAAAAGUUGUGUGGGCCAAAUGCAGUGGGUAUCCUUCCUAUCCAGCACUGAUAAUUGACCCCAAAAUGCCUCGUGUUGCUGGUCAUCACAAUGGUGUUACAAUACCAGUGCCACCCCUUGAUGUGUUGAAAAUUGGAGAACAAAUGCAGACCAAAUCGGAUGAGAAGCUUUUCUUGGUUUUAUUUUUUGACAAUAAAAGGAGUUGGCAGUGGCUUCCAAAAUCCAAAAUGAUUCCACUUGGGAUUGACGAAACAAUAGACAAGUUAAAAAUGAUGGAAGGUCGGAACUCAAGUAUUCGUAAAGCUGUAAGAGUCGCUUUUGAUCGUGCUAUGAACCAUCUCAGUAGAGUCCAUGGAGAACCAGUCAGUGACUUCAGUGAUAUUGACUGACAUAGGUGUAACCAAGGAACAAAAAACACCUUGUAUAGAGAUCUACAAAUUAACCUCUUUGUCUACAAGAAUGUAUUGAAGAUACAACUUCGUAAUCAUUGAUCCAGUGGCAGAGUUCUGCAGCAGGUCCUCUGAAUCACCAUUGCCAUAUUGAUUUAAUUUUUUUUUUAUCAUUGUGUUGCUCUUUGGAGGAUUUUUCCACUAAAAUACCUUGUUCAUAUUGUUCAUAAAGUGUACAUAUAUGUAUAUUCAACUCUUAACUUAUUCUGGUUUUAGAUGUACUUUUUAUUUCUUUUAUUUGGCUGGGAAAGGGAUAGAUUGUCAUUUCCAUUUCUUUCCACAUUAAAAAAAAUAACUUACGCACCACUUUCCAGCUUCAGGUGCUAAGUCAAUCUUGAAAUAACAUCAGAUAGGUUUGGCUAAAUCAUAUAUUAUGAUAUGGUGCUGCUUAUGUAACUUUAUGUGAUCUGUAGCUUUUUAACAAGACCUCAGAAUGUUUGAUUUCACAUAAAUCAAUUUUUGCACAAAGUACCACAUAGUUAAGAUAUAAAUUUACAACAACAAACAUGUAUUUUAAAAGAAGAAAUUACAUUAUUUUGGAGGGUACUUUGUGAGAAAGACACAGAAGUAAAAAUUAUGCUAUGUACAUCACUUGAAAAAUCACCAAAAACACUCCAUUGUUGCCCAAAAUAUCACUUUAGAAAUUCUUUUGUGUUUUACACACAACUGGCUUAAAGCCUGUGAGUAUAUUAUUUCUUGCAAACCAUAUCUCACCUAUCUCCCCGGAUUUUAUGUGCCUCCCUGUGUUAUAUUUAUUAUAGAAAAUGUAUUAAUUUGCUUUAUAAAGAGAAAUAAAUGAGAAAGUAUAUUGAUAUAACAUUUUUAUAUAGGCACAUAAGGCAAUUUGCUUUGGGAGAAAAAGCGGUCUUGGAAAUGGUUGUACAAAAUAAAUUGAUGGGUUGUGUGUAAUUUGACUUUUUUUGUAACUUGUAAUCUUUCUUUCAAUGAGGGGAUUUAUGUAACUUUUAAUUUUAGAACACUUUGGUAGCAAUAGAAACUUUGGAUACAUUUUUGUAUGGUACAUGUGAUGUAUAUAGAAUUAGUACUUUAUUUUUAUUUCGAAGAAUUAAAGCAUUACAUUUAGGGAAGGAAAUGAUAGGGUGGGUUUCCAGUAAUAACUUUUAUAUUAAAAAAAAAUAAAACUAUUGAUUGUUGUAGCUACUUUAUUUCUAUGUUCACUGGAAUACUGAAUUUGUAAUAAUGAAAAUGGCAAGUAUGUUUUCAAUGUGAUUUAUAAUGACUACAUUAUUUAUAAGUGCACUGCGUUGGACUCUUCAGUGAUAACUUAAAUACUGUACCAAGAUAUAUAAUAUGCAACACCAAAUAAUGCAUAUGAAUGCACGAAAUAUUUAUGCCCAGCUUUUUUUAUAAUGGGUUAGCAAAUAUGGCAAAGCCUGUACUUUUAAAAUCUUUUUAAACAGUUUCAUUGAAUAGCAUUCUUCAUUGUAAAACCUGCUUGAAUUUUUAUUUUAAAGCUACAACCAAUUUUGAAAUAGUUUCUAAUGUUUUUAUUCUC